AUGGCUCCUCAUAGUCAAGGCAUCGCUAUCUCAUCCACAGCACCCGCCGCCGCCCCGCCGCAGCCGCUGCCGUACACCUCCACGGCUCUGCAGUCGCGCAAACCGCCGCCCGUGGGACGCUCGUCCUUGUCUAGCCCCGGCACCUCGGCCCUGAGGGGGGAACCAGUUACAACCCCCGGUGCGGCCAUGAGGAGGAGCGCCACCACAACAUCGCGCUGGGUGACCCACGGGUCGUUCACUGGCGCCGGCUGCCGUUUCCCACGUGAAUCGCCUUCGCGGCAGUCGGGCCCAACCAGAGGUUCCACCUCGCGGGGGCUUGCAGUCCUUGCCAGGUGCUUCAGGGAGGGUAGCAGCCCCGGGAGCCCGGCCGGGGAUGUACCGCUGCCGCCAUCGCCGCCGGAGCAGACGUCCGACGCACCACCGACAUCCAGCGAAAUUGGAGCUCAUGGUGCCGCUUCCACACAGGAACCAUACGGCAAUGCCGUACCUUUCAUACCUUCUACCCGGCAGCGACACCAGAAUCACCAUAAUACCGCAGCCGUGGCGACGCGGCGGGCCGAGCGGGAGGAACCAGCGGCGGCCCAUGGCCGAGGCGGCAAUGGCCGCUCCGCUGCUGAACCCGCCGGCGUGGGCAGCGGGGAAGAGGCGGAGGCUUACGCCGACCUGGAUGAGGAGAUUCGGCGUCAGGCACACGCGCUCCGAGAGGCGAUGUUUUUGGAGGCAGAGCAGCGGGCAAUCGCUGUGCACCCCAACAUCCUGGUAGAGGACCUGGCCGCAGAGGCUACCGUACCGUACGGCGCCGCCGGUAGCCUUGACCCCCCCGCGUCGCGCGGUGACGAGGGGGAGGCCGCGGGGCCUCCCAGUCGCGGCGCGGGACCUCACAGCGGUUUGGCGUUGGAGAGUGUGGAUCCAGAUACGGGCGGAUUCACCACCAGCUUGCCGGCCGUGGAUCCAGCGUACGACGAUGUGGGACGAGCAAUCCGAGAGGAUCAUGGUGCUCGUGGUCGCCGUCGUCGCCGGGGCCCCACCUCCUCCCUGCUUGCGACUGAGGCCCGGGCUCGCAAGGUCGCUACCGCAGAGGACCUCCGGGAGGACCUCCUGGCUGCGGCCCCCGAGCUGCAGGACACGUACCGUGCAUUUGGGUUGCCGCAUUCGGAGGACCCGAUGGCGGCCAGCGACGGGGAGGUGGAGGACCUGCUGGAGGAGAUGUCCUUUGGUCUGGAGGGCGCUGUCCUGGCGGAGUCGGCGGAUCUGCCCCCGGAGGAUGUGUCCGCACUUUCUGACCCGUUGGGGCCGCCAGCUGGGGGAGGGGGAGGAGGAGGCGGCCCGCUGGAGGCGCUGGAGGCGCUGGAGCACCGGGAGGUGUUGGACCUGCUGGAGAGCGGCGGCGCUAGCGCCGUUGCCUCCACGUCCUUCGAAGGUGACUACACGGACGUCUCCAACGUGAUGCCGUCGCCGCUUCCGGACAUCCCAGUACCCGAGUCGCGCGGUGGCGGCGGUAGAAGCAGCGGCGGCGGCGGUGGUGCCGCCGACAACUCUGGAAGUAGCGGCCCUGGGGCGCAUAAAGUGGCGGCCCCGUUGUACAACACUAGUCCAGACGUGCCUGACGACGAACUGGAACAUCCGACGCCAGUACCGGGGUGCGUGCUACUGCCGCGGGAUACGACGCCAGGAGGAACUACUGCCAUUGCCGUACCGGUUGCAGACCCGGCUGGGAAAUCAUCGGGAUCCGACGACUUGUUGAACGCUCCCAACGACGGUAGGAGCAGCGCCACCGCCCAAGCAACACCGCCGCAAGCUGCUCCAGCAGAGCCCCUCUCACGGGCUUCAGCGACGGCGUCGAAACACGCUCCUCGACCUUCGCGGCCGUCACAACCGCCGCCGCUGCCGCCGCCAUCGCCCAUGGCCACAACCGACAACGGCCGCCGGCUUAGGUCGCUACGCGACGUUGACCGCCAGUUCAUCGACUCGGAUACCGUUAGCGGUUGGGACGAGCAGGCACAGGAUCUGCGCACAGCCAUGCAGAGUACCGUGCCGAAGCAGGCCAGGCAGGGAUGUCAGGCCACGCAGCCGCCGGGCGGCCGCAACGCCAGUAGCUCCCAGCAGCCGCAGACGAUUGGCGUACAUGGUCUCACUGACGGCGAUAGCGUCACUGCAGCCGCUGGCGGCGGGAGCAACAGUGGCGGUGGCGCCGACGGGCGCCCGGUGAUGGUCAUGCGGGUUGAGUAUGUGCCGUCGCAAACGUACGGCGUGGCCCGAACGGCGGCCGUACUAGCGGCGGACGGCCAACUUACUCUGCUGGCGCGUCCCGCGGGACCAUCCCCAGAGCGAGUGCGGGCGGCUCUAAAACUGCUACGGAUGGCGCCCGACAGCCGAGACUUCAAGACCAGCGCCGCGGAGGCUGCGGCGACGGCGGCAAUUCACGACGAGCAGGAAGCCGCCGCCGUCACAGAGGCUGCCAUGGCGGCAGUGGCGGCGGCGGGUACGCCGGCAAUGGAGCUUGAAGCGCAGCUAAGGCCGCCGUCGCCGGUGCCGCCUGUAGGCGAGCGGGACCUGCAGCCGGGCCUGAUUCUUGGCCAGGGCCCACUGUUGGCUGUUCCUACACGGCUAGCUGUCAGAUCUUGGAAAGCCAGCCUGCUCAACGAUGAGAUUGUGUCUUCAUCUGACGGAUUGCUGACCAUGCUUCGAUCGCUAAUCCCAGUUCUUGCCCGCGUUUUCUUUCCUUCCCUUUCGCUCGUCAAGUCGGAGAUCGACCCCGAGGAGGUGCCGGCAGAUCCCGGUUUUCAUUUGAACUCGCCAUGGAUGGACGGCCAUGGCCCGCUCUACCCCCACGAUGCAUACGCUGCGCCAACAAUGAUGGGCGCGGAGGGGCACAUGUUGGGACUGCACGCGAACAUGUGGCACGAAGAAUAUGAAGAUUAUGAUGAGGUCAUGGGACAGAUCCAUGAUGGACAACGCUCGGGAUGGAGCGAGGACGGCGUGAAUGGCGCGUUCAAUAGCGACGUCUAUUGA